CUCUCUUUGUUGGAAUUGACUUUAUAAACAAUUUUGAAUAUUUAGAAUUGUAAAUCAAUUUAUAGAAGCACUUGAUAUAAUGUCGAAUAAAGCUACAGGCUCCAAUGAUUGUCUGGAUGGUGGCAACGCCAAGGUGAAUGGCAGUAACUAUUUAAAGCUGCAACAAUCGCAAGUUAUACGAAACAACAUUCAUGCCAUAUCGCAGCUGUUAAAUACAGGAUUAAACACGGAAAGUUUGGAUACAUGUAUAAAAUUGAUUGAGGCUGGUGUCCAUCCACAGGCCUUGGCGGAGGUUAUAACGCAAAUACGCCGAGAAGUGGCCGCCCUACGUAAUAGUGAAGAGCAUUAAAUGCUCCUACAAUGUAUGUGAUGCAUGGCUGGUGCCUCUUAAAAGGUGUUAGUUCUUUUAUAUUUAUCUCAUAAAAUAAAAAUGUAUAUUAGUUUGCAAGUAUUGUUAGAAUAAAGAAGUGUUUAAGCAA